UACCGCAUGAGAAUAAAUAACUGCUUGUGAUAAGACUGCCACUAUCUUACGGAUUUGAAUAUUUCAGAUAUGUGCAUCAACACUUCAGUUCUACGCUCGCUCCUGAUGGCGUAUCUGAGAAUGCGCGCAUACAGUCGAUUCUGAGAGAAUGUCACAUGUAGCCAGAGAAAGCCAAUUUGCCUUUUUCUACCUAUAAAUUUGUUCAGCACGUGGGGUGGCCGUACGUUGCUUGUAGAUGCUUGCUUGCUUGCUUGCUACGAAAUUUCCGAUGAAACCGCUAAAGGUGCCGAUUUUAAAUAGCGCAUUUCAAUGAGAUGGUAAAUAUUAUUUGUGCGGUUGCUCGUACUCUUCCUGUACCACAUCAUGUAUAUAACUGGUUCUUCAUAGUUGUCGGCUGAGUGUUGACCACGUGUGUUAUCUAUAUUUCAUAGCUGUCAAACUUGGCGGUGGCGUGAUCGGUCCUCAGAUGUUCCGUUGUGAUAGCUGUUCGUACUCGAGCUAUCGCCUUCACCAUCUUAAGCGGCACAGGUUAACACAUUCAGGUGAAAAACCGUUUUCCUGUGAAAGGUGCCCGUUUACCUCGGCACGUCUGGAUGCCCUACAGGCUCAUCGACGGAGUCAUGCCAAACACGACCCGCUUGCCUGUGGCGUUUGCGCGUUCGCUGCGAGCAAUGCUGAAGCUCUCAAGGCGCACCUUAAACUUCAUCAUUACGCAUGUCAAAACUGCGACCUGGUAGCGCCCACGUUCAAGGCGUUACGAGUUCAUCAGAGAGCGCACAACGUCCACCGUUGUAGUCAAUGUGCUUUUUCGUCACUGCUUGCCGUUCGGGUUGAAGCUCAUGAGAGGUCCGUACACGGCUCGGGUAGUUUUACCCCGGUAGCGCCAAUCAAUUCCACAAAGAUGACCAAACCUCUUUCCAUCAAAGUUAUACCUCCUGGUAUCAUAGCAAAUGAUUAGGAAGCGAAUCUCAUCGACCCAGCGAGGACCAGCUACGAUAUAUACAUGACGUGGGUCUCCUUCAACAGCCAACGCUUUCGUCAGACUGCUGUGAACGUCCAGAUGGUUAACGCUGGCACAUUUUACAUAAUGCGCAUUUUAAUCCAACAAAUCAUAUCAUUGAUACGAAUUAUUCGCAAACAAGCACCUUAUGCCCUGUAGAACUACAUAUACAUAAACGAUUUAUUUUUAGAAGCAACAUAACUAUUGUCGCAGUAUUAGGACAUGGUCAAUUUGUUUCCCUCACCGGAUGAAGCGUAUAGUCGUAUUUAGGUACUAAUCGUACUGGAAAACAUCCUUCCCCAGAUGUUUUCCGGUUCGAUAACUCUAAGCAUGGAGAAUAGGCUAUGUGCGAGAGAUGUAAUAUUUUCUAUUAUUUUUUUCGUAGCUCAGUAACUAGUGAUUGAAAACCUAACUCUCUAGUGAACAGCUAAGACUUGAUGUAUUGCGUUCUUCAUUUAUGAGUGAACUUACUUUUCUCAGAUACGCGGUCAAGUAUUUAAUACUUCUGUAACUGCGACGGUUUCAUUUUCGGCGACGAUUGCGCAAAGGCCA